GGGUGUCCGGGGGGGUCCCACUGGGGGGUGGGGGGGGCUCCCGGGGGGGUGGGGGUCCCCGCUCACCCCCCGCCCGCAGAUCGAGUGCUCCAGCAUCUCCGACUACGCUGUCAAGAUCGUCAAGGCCAAUAAGCUGGACCACGUGGUGUCCAUCAUCAAGGGGAAGGUGGAGGAGGUGGAGCUGCCGGUGGAGAAGGUCGACAUCAUCAUCAGCGAGUGGAUGGGCUACUGCCUCUUCUACGAGUCCAUGCUCAACACCGUCAUCUACGCCCGCGACAAGUGGCUGACCCCUGACGGCCUCAUCUUCCCCGACCGGGCGACGCUCUACGUGACGGCCAUCGAGGACCGGCAGUACAAGGACUACAAGAUCCACUGGUGGGAGAACGUCUACGGCUUCGACAUGUCCUGCAUCAAGGACGUGGCCAUCAAGGAGCCCCUCGUCGACGUGGUGGACCCCAAGCAGCUCGUUACCAACGCCUGCCUCAUCAAGGAGGUGGACAUCUACACGGUGAAGGUGGAGGAGCUGACCUUCACGGCCCCCUUCUGCCUCCAGGUGAAGCGCAACGACUACGUCCACGCGCUCGUCGCCUACUUCAACAUCGAGUUCACCCGCUGCCACAAGCGCACCGGCUUCUCCACCAGCCCCGAGUCCCCCUACACGCACUGGAAGCAGACGGUUUUCUACAUGGAGGAUUAUCUCACCGUCAAGACGGGCGAGGAGAUCUUCGGCACCAUCACCAUGAAGCCCAACGCCAAGAACAACCGUGACCUCGACUUCACCAUCGACCUGGACUUCAAGGGGCAGCUCUGCGAGCUCUCCUGCUCCACCGACUACCGCAUGCGCUAGGGGGGCCCGGCCCCCCCGCGCCGGGGGGACCCCCAAAACGGGACCCCCCCCCCCAAACCAAACCAGGGCACCCCCC